UUUUCAAAAAAAAAAUUAAAAUGAAAUGCAUAUUGGAUUUUUCUACAUAGUUGUAUGCAACCAUUUGCAUAUUAAUUAAGUAGUAUUAUAUAUAUAGUAUAAACACCCUACGUUCAUCGCCCUAACGCUUCCUGGCCUGCUCAUUCCACACUGCAUAUAUAUAUUUUGCUUCAAUUCACUCAACAACCAAUUCGAUCGAUCUCAUCAUCUUUUCUUUCUUCACCCCAAAACUUAUCCAUCUCCCAUUAUAUUAUAUUAUAUAUAUAAACCCCUUUUGGUGGUUAUAGAUUCAACAGAUCUUAAUUGUGUAUAUGUAUGUAUGUUUUGAUGAUGAGAGGUUGACAGAGUCCAUACCCAACAAACUCCAUCAGAUAAUCAUUCUUGGAUUAGCCAUUCUUGAUCAAUCUUAAAAUUAAAGUAUGUUGCUGAGGAAAGGCAUUAUUGUUUCCUCUCCUCCAUCAUUAAAAGCUGUGGUGUUUGUUGUUGUUGUCGGGUUCCAAAUCUGUGUGGCUCAGAAUCUCAGCAGAGCUAGUUUCCCCAAAGGCUUUGUUUUUGGAACUGCUUCUUCUGCAUAUCAGUUUGAAGGAGCUGUGAAGGAAGAUGGGAGGGGGGCAACUAUAUGGGACACUUUUGCGCAUACUCCUGGGAAAGUAAUUGAUUUUAGUACUGGUGAUGUAGCAGUAGAUCAAUAUCAUCGUUAUGUAGAAGAUGUUCAACUGAUGAAGGACAUGGGAAUGGACGCCUAUAGAUUUUCUAUUGCAUGGUCAAGAAUAUUCCCCAAUGGAAGUGGAGAAAUCAAUCAAGCUGGAAUUGAUCACUACAACAAACUCAUUAAUGCUUUACUAGCAAAGGGUAUUGAACCGUAUGUGACACUUUACCAUUGGGAUCUUCCUCAGGCACUGCAAGAUAGAUACAAUGGUUGGCUGGACCGACAAAUCAUCAAGAAUUUUGCAGCAUACGCAGAGAUUUGUUUCCAGAAAUUUGGUGACAGAGUGAAGAAUUGGAUCACCAUCAACGAGCCACAAACGGUUUCAAUCCAGGGCUAUGACGUGGGGCUUCAGGCGCCAGGGCGGUGCACCAUCCUCCUCCGUACGUUUUGCCGGGCAGGGAACUCUGCAACCGAGCCCUACAUUGUGGCUCACAACUUACUCCUUUCUCACGCCACCGCCGUGGAUAUCUACAAAAGGAAAUACCAGCCAAAACAACGUGGGAGAAUCGCGAUAGUAAUAGAUAGUUUCUGGUUUGAGCCCCUGUCAAACUCCAGAGCAGACAUUGAAGCAAAACAGCGAGCGCUUGACUUCCGCUUCGGCUGGUUUAUUGAGCCUGUGAUAACUGGGGAUUAUCCUAUGUCGAUGAGAAGCAGGGUAGGUGAUCGAUUACCUAAAUUUUCUGCAGCGGAGUCUGCUCUUAUGAAGGGAUCUUAUGAUUUCGUGGGUAUAAAUCACUAUACAACAUGGUAUGUUACCGACAACAAGACCAACCUUAUCGGUAUAUUCCUCAAUGACACGGUUGCAGACUCCGGCGCUGUUACUCUCCCAUUCAAAGGUCUGAUGCCAAUUGCAAAUAGGGCUAAUUCGGUAUGGUUGUACAUAGUUCCUCGUGGGAUAAGAAGCCUAAUGAAUUACAUCAAGGAUAAGUAUGGGAACCCUCCUGUCAUGAUUACUGAAAACGGAAUGGAUGAUGCUAAAGGGGACGGCUUACAUGACGUGAAAAGAAUGAAGUAUCAUAAUGACUAUUUGACAAACUUGCUAGCUGCAAUUAAAGAGGAUGGGUGUAAUGUGAAAGGGUAUUUUGUAUGGUCAUUUUUGGAUAACUGGGAAUGGAUAGCUGGAUUCACCUCAAGAUAUGGUCUAUACUAUGUUGACUAUAGUGACAAACUCAAGAGAAUUCCCAAGGAUUCUGUCAGGUGGUUCAAGAAUUUCUUGGCUGGUGCUUCAAAUCCUUGAAUUAUGAUGACAACACUUGGACCAUAAUUUCUUUUAUCAAGUGACAGAGAGAUUCAUAU